UCAUCAUCACUACUUCGAGCAGGCUCACUAGCGGGCAUGGCAUCUUCCGCGGGCUCCUCUGCGGUCGGGCUGGGUGGAGAAGCGCCCAAUGCCCUCCAGACGCUUACCCAUCUGCUGGCACUGGGCACCUCAACAUCGGCUGCGGACCUGAGCACCUCCGAGUCGAACCUCUCCUCAUACGAGGCACAUUUUCACUCUCAUCCCAGCGCAGAAUCGCGUCCAUGGCUCGCAUACCUUUACAUCGCCCUACCUCGCGGUGACCUACCCAUUCCGCCUUCCCAUCAGGCCAACGAGGCCGCCCUAACAGCUCUCCGCACCCUAGCCAUCAUUCGCCUCAAGCAUGCGAUCGACAAGUACUGGCGAGCAGCACGCAUCGUAGCUCGACCUCGUACCAAUGGAGCCAUUGACGUGAAUCUUACGCCGGUCAAGAUCAAUGACGAGGAUAAAGCAGCGCUGCGAUCCCUUCUCCUGGAGCGCAUCCUUGGCGAGAGCAACCGCGGUAUCGCCCUCCAAGCAUCAGUCUGCAUCUCCCGAAUCGCGCGUACAGACUACCCCAAUCAGUGGCCCAAGUUGUUCGAGGAUAGCUUGCAGGCGCUCAAUCAGGCGGCAACUCGCGUGAUCGGCGCUUCUGGGUCCAGCGCGCAAGGACAAGAGCUGGAGAGGAGUGCUUUGGUCAUGCUGAGGGCGGCGGAGGUUGCCAAGAGGUGUACCAAGGAGCUCUCCCAGGUCAAAGUGUUGGCGGGCAAGGUCCGGAUGGCCGAGCUGGCCAAGCAAAUGCUCCCCUCGCUUCUCUCCUUUUACCCUCAACUAUUCUCAGCUACCUUUCCCUCAUCCACAUCGCCGGACGCAGCUUAUCAAUGGGUCACAUCACGACCUGCUGAGGUUCUCAACUCUCUCGUCCGCGUCAGCCACCUGCUCUUCAAGCUCAUGACCGCUCUCGCCAUCGCCGACAUCGGCACUCUUUCAGCUCGAGCAGCCAAUGACGGCAGUGAAGGACAGUCCAACCUGUCCAACGACUGGUUCAAGAGCACUCCGGGCUUUCUCGAUCAUGUUUUUACGCUGCGCAUGUCCUUCCUCGAGGUGCAGGCUUCCCCGUCUUUAGACCAAGGCCUUGCCCGCGAGCUGCGUGCCUUGGGCCAAAGUCUCACCAAACACCUCUCAGCCUUCGGCAAGCUCUACCUCGGCUUGCUCGACAAAGACAAGUCCCGCGCAACUUCCUGGCCCGGUUGGUCCGACAUCAUUGCCUGGUACUGGACCAAGACAGGACAAGCUCCCUCGAGCGCAAAGGAAAAGUCGCGGGACAUCGACGAAGAGGCUCUUAUGCCCUACCCGUCCACAUUGGUCAUCCACACCCUCUUGCUGCUGCGCCGAUCCCUCGAAGCCUGGCACUCCCCCUCCAAUCGCGGUCGCCCCAUCCCCUCCCCCUUCGACAGCGACGACUUCGCAGUGUCUACCGCGGACAUCGUCGUUGACUACUUCCUGCCAUUCGAGCGUUCCGCCCUCGAGAGGUGGGAGGGCGACCCGGAACAGUGGACUGUUGAGGAGGAGCAGGCGCAGGAGGACUUUACGAACGAGGUACGACCUUGCGCUGAGCGACUACUCAUCGUGCUUGCGUCUAACUCCAAAGCCAGACGGGUGGGGCGAGCCAUCUGGCGCAAGUUCAUGGAAAGUGCCAGCUAUGAUGUACAAGACCUGGGACAAGUCGUGCGCAGGGAUGCAGUGUACACUGCCCUGGGCCGAUUGAGGGACUAUCUCCCUGCGACAGAGACGGAAGGGUAUGAUGAGGAGCAUGAGAAGAUCCAAGAUGACCGCAUCGAUGUCAGUCAGGCAUUCGUGGACCGCUUGCUGCCAGAAGCAGCGCAAGUCCCGCCGGCAGUGUCUGCCUCUUGGGUCUUGAUUAGACGUCGAGUCUCAUGGCUCCUCUACGAGUACUCGGAGAAGAUCAGCCCGACAGCUCGCGACAAGGUGUAUCGCCUGCUCACACUCCUUCUGGACGCCAAGUCAGAGCUCGGUGGUGACAUUGCCGUUCGACUGUCCGCCGCGCGUACCCUUGGAGCUUUCAUCGACGACAUCGGCUUUGAUGCAGAGGUAUUCCAGCCCUACCUCGAAAGCGCAAUCAAGUCCCUCGCAGAGCUGGCGACGGACGAGGAGCUCUGUCUUAUGGACAGCAUCGCCCUUUCUACCCGCACACUGUCACUGCUCAUCGAGCGCUCUGGGCCCCGUGUGGCGUCUCUCGUCCCCGCACUGGCAGACCUAGCCCCCGCCCUGUGGGGCAAGGAGUCGAGCGAAGAGUGCAAGACCCGGCCUGCCGUUCUCGCACUAGUCAAGUCCCUCCUCCGAGCCACAGAGUCUCUGUCCGCCUCCGAUCCAUCCCUCUCCGCCCGUUUACAAGCCCUUGUGGCUCCCUUGGUCACGUCAUGCCUCCACAGCUCUCUCAUUUCCCUGCUGGGCAUCGACGCCCUCCAACUCUGGCACAAGGCUAUCCGUUGCGCCGCCGCUAUGCAAGGGGACGUGUUCAAUCUCCUCGGCGUAGCGCUCGAUACCACUGGCGGCACUGGCGGGCAGGGCCCUCUGACUGAGAUACCAGACUUUGCGAGCGAGGUAGGACGAGUUGUGGAGGAGUACGCACUGUGGUUCGAGCCCACCCCGGCGAGCGGAGCUGGGCCCGGUGGUCUGGCGAGAGAGAUGCUUCGCGCCUAUGCUGCGCCGCUCUUUUCUUCUUGGGCACGGGUGCUCAAUGAGGACCCGAUGACUCUGUACCCUGUGCAGAGCAUUGAUGCGCUUGUGCAGAGUAUGAGCGCUGGUGAUCGGCUGGAGGCGACUGGAGGUGAUAUGGGCGCGGCGAAUGAUGGGAGUGCAGGACUGUUCGAGCGGCCUACAACUUAUGCCGGGACGAAUAUGUUGGCGCAGGUGAUGAGUGAGAGCGGGCUGUUCGAGGCCAUCGUGAGGGGGACGAUCCUGCUUAAGGAAUCCUCAAUUCCCUGCUCUCACUACAUUCUCCUUCUCUCUCGGCUCAGCAUCUCCGUCUCUCCCUCCAUCUUCUUCCCCCUCCUCUCCUCAACCAUCUCCAACAUCCGCAGCAACCCCACCAAUCCACGCGCCUCCCUUGACUCAGGUGCCGCCUCAAUCGAGCCAGCCGUGAUUUCCCAGCUUCCUGACGUCUUGCUCGGGCUCUGGCCAAAGAAGUUCGAAACCACAGCCGCACCUCGGCGUCGCAAGCUCAUCGCGAUGGGUAUGUGUGCCCUCCUGCAGGGAGCGUCAGCCGCGCAAGGAGAUGCAUUGGCGGCCUCUGUAAUGAACAGCGUAGGCGAGUGGGUAGGCACAUGGCUAGACGCCCUCGCCGAGGUGCGCGAGAAGGAAGGCCCGGACUCUGCGCCUGGAAUCCUCCUUAAUGACGACUCCAACGACACGCCCUUCGGUGCAGGCGGGAGUGAUGUAGGGGAUGACGACGGGUGGCUCGAGGACACCUCAUGUGGUGCAGCAAGGGCGCGCGCCCUCAAUGAUGCGGAUCUGGGCGUGCGAGUCAGGCUGGCUGAUGCCGUCAAGGGAGCACUGGGGGCUGCAGAUGCUAGAGGGGGAAUGUCAGGCGUUUGGCAGGCGAUGGAUCCCAUGGUGCUGGAUCUGCUGCAGAGAGAGUUGGGCAUGAAAUAAGCGCAGGGCAGGCGAAGCAGCGUUAGAAGAAAAGAGGCCGCUCAGAGUGGCCUCUGAGCACAGCUUGUCUCAUCAGAAGCAAAUCCGCACCCGUUCCAUCAUAUCCCAAUCACCAACAUUUCAUACAAGUUCGCUUUCUAGCAUCUGCAUGUCAUUUUCUUCCUCAUCGCGCUUACAUGAUGCUGCCUCCUUUCAACGCUCGAUCAAACCUGUAGGGGUUCCUCGCCGAAUCUACCACG